GUGUGUGUGUGUGUGUGUGUGUGUGUGUGUGUGUGUGUGUGUGUGUGUGUGUGUGUGUGUGUGUGUGUGUGUGUGUGUGUGUGUGUGUGUGUGUGUGUUUGUGUGUGUGUGUGUGUGAGUGUGUGUGUGUGUGUGUGUGUGUGUGUGUGUGUGUGUGUGUGUGUGUGUGUGUGUGUGUGUGUGUGUGUGUGUGUGUGUGUGUGUGUGUGUGUGUGUGUGUGUGUGUGUGUGUGUGUGUGUGUGUGUGUGUGUGUGUGUGUGUGUGUGUGUGUGUGUGUGUACGUGUCUGUGUAUGUCUGUGUCUGUGUGUGUCUGUGUCUGUGUGUGUCUGUGUGUGUCUGUGUCUGUCUGUGUCUGUGUGUGUCUGUGUCUGUGUGUGUCUGUGUCUGUGUCUGUCUGAGACUGUGUGUGUGUGUGUGUGUGUGUGUGUGUGUGUGUGUGUGUGUGUGUGUGUGUGUGUGUGUGUGUGUGUGUGUGUGUGUGUGUGUGUGUGUGUGUGUGUGUGUGUGUGUGUGUGUGUGUGUGUGUGUGUGUGUGUGUGUG